UUGAUUUUGGACUUGUCAUACGGUAUUAAGAUUGAAUGUGAGUUGGUUUUUUAAUUUUAAUUGUAUAACGAAAAGUGGAAAUUUUAGACAAGUGAACAAGCAACAAGUGCAAAUUAUAAAAUCAAUUUGAAAUUGAUAAAGAACAACAACCGUUUAAUGUUAAUAUUGUCGGUUUGUUAUAUCGACACAUUUUCGGCAAAUUGAACGUGUAAAGAGAUGAUAAAAGUGUCGUGCUUUGUAAGACAUUGACAAAUAUUUGUUUUUUUUUUUAAUUUCAAUUAAAAGUGAUUGAAAAUUUAGUCAAAAAAGUUGUGUAUCGUAAAAAAAAGCCCGCAAACGAAACACGUUCAUAUAAAAACAAAAUAAGUAAGCAGUUUAUUCAAUGAAAUAUACCGAAUAAUUAGUAUCGGUUUGGCGUUAACGUGCGUGUAAAUGUAUGUGUGUGUGGGAUACAGUGAAAAAGAAGAGAAAAAAAACCAAGCGCAAACAUAACCUCAACCGACAACUGAAACACUUCAAUCGAAUCGUACACAUUUCACACGAACGUAAAUGAAACGUCAAAAGAAGUCGAAGCCGAAAAUUAAUCAAAUUUUUAUUCAUUUUUUGUUGCUGCAUUCGAAUUUCUGUUCAUAUUCAAAUAAAUUCGAUAAAUAUUUUUCAAGUGAUUCAAAGUGUGUCGUUAAAAUUGCAAUAAAUUUAUUAUUCCGGCAAUAAAAAAUCGAGAUUGUGAAUUCGAUGGGUACACAUGAAAAUCUAUCUCUCUCUAAUUUACACUAAAUAAUCAUUUUGAUUGAAUUGUACAUUUGAAACAACGAGCAUUUAUAUUUUUAUUCAAUCGAAAUUGUCAAUAAUAAUUAGAAUUUUUUUUUCUAUUGCAAAUGUAAACACAAGUUUGUGCCGCAAUCAUUUUAACAGCGACAAUUUUAAUAAACAAAUUUUUGACAAUUCGCCGGAAUACACAUUCGAAUUGCAUAUAAAUCAACAUACAUACAGUGUUCAAUUGAAUGUUCAUUCAACGGCAUGUCAUCGUUUAGAGGGAAACCUGUAGCACAAUCGAGCAUUCCAUAUAUGUCGUCGGCAACAAUGCUACCACCACCGAAUGCAUCAACGUUGCCGUCAAUGAAUCAACCGCCACCAUCACAUGCGAAUGCAUACCGAUCGGGACCUCAGCUAUAUGCUCGACCAACACCAUUGGAAACAACGACAACAAAUGCAACACAGCAACCGUACAAUACAUUGCCGAACACAAUACCGUCGGCAACCUCAGGGUCAACGGCAGCUGGUGGUGUGACUGGGACCACUGAAACCGCCGGUCCCGUUAUCACGGUUUUUGUUGGUAAUAUUAGCGAACGUGCACCUGAACACAUGAUUAAAAAGAUAUUGGCAACGGUUGGUGCGGUUAUCAAUUGGAAACGUGUCUCAACAUUUGGCUUCUGCGAAUAUGACGGUCCAACGGCUGGAUUACGUGCGGUGCGUAUAUUGCAUGACUUAGAUGUGGCCGGUAAAAAAUUGGUUGCCAAAGUUGAUGCAAAAAAUAAACUACUUUUGGAUAAUUACAAAGAGGAAGAAGGUGCUAGAAAUAUUGGCAAUGAAGAUGCUAGUGAAGCCCAUGAAAAGAAAGAAGAUGCCGAUGUUUUUGAAGCAAUAAAACAAAUUCUGUCCGAUCAUCGUUCGGAAAUAGAAAAUUAUGAAGCAAUUCAAGAGCAAAAAUCCAAUAAAAUGUUACAAAGCGCAAGUAUCGAAGAGGAUAAACGUGAUUUAAUCAAUAGGGAAAUUGGUAAAUUUCGAAAAACAGCCGAAGCUGAUGAACAGAAGAAGGAAAAGGAAAAAGAUCGACGAAAACGUGAAGAAAAGGAACGAGAUAGAGAUCGAGAUCGUGCCAGAGGUUCAUUGUCACCGCGCAAAGAUAAAGAUAAAAAAGCAUCACGGCGUCGAAGCAGGUCUAGAGAACGUUCAAAGGAACGUGAACGUGAGAAAGAGCGCGAAAGAGAGCGUGAAAGAGAACGAGAGAGAGAACGUGAAAGAGAGCGUGAAAGAGAACGUGAGAGAGAACGUGAACGGGAAAGAGAAAGAGAACGAAUUGAACGUGAAAGAGAACGCGAAGAAAAGGUUCAGAAGGCUCCACGUGAUUUACAACGCGAAAAAGAAAUGGAAGAAGAGUUGCGCGAACGAAAGAAGGCGGAGAAAAAAGCCCGCGAAAAAGAGGCAGCUUAUCAAGAGCGAUUGCGAAAUUGGGAGAUUCGUGAACGACGUCGGGCCAAGGAAUAUGAACGAGAAAAAGAGAAAGAACUUGAGAAAGAGGAAGAAAGAGAAAAAGAAGCAAAAAGAUUGAAGGAAUUCCUUGAAGACUAUGAAGAUGAACGAGAUGAUCCAAAAUAUUACAAAGGGCAGGAAUUAAAACGGCGUCUGUACGAACGUGUUAAGGAAGCAGAACAAGACACUAAAGACAGAAAUAAAGAGCAAGAAGAAUUAGAAGAAUUGAAAAAUAAAAUAUUCAGUGGUGAAUACGAUAAUCCAACGCAAGAAUUUGAACGUUUAAAGAAACAACGCGAAGAAUUGUACAAACCGAAAUUAUUAAUUGAUGUAAAUUUGGAGCAAUCACAGCAACGUGAACGAGAAAUUCAGCGCGAACGUGAACGUGAUGCUGAACGACAAAGUCUCAAGGAUCGCGAACGUGCACAAAAAGAGCGAUAUGUUAUGGCACAGGCAUCAAGAGAGCUUGCAUCGCUCAAUGCCGAACCAAUUGACUCAACCGACUCGAGCAACGAUGAUAAUUCACCGCUAAAUAACAAUAGUCGAGGCUCUGAAUCUAGGGACACGCAUUUCAAUUCAAAUAGCAAUGGCAUGCCAAAUGAUGAAGAUUCACGAUCUUCAAUGCGGUCCAUCAAAUCGUUAAAUAGUCCGGCAAGUAUUGAAACACCACCAUUGAUUGCGCCAGCCAUUAGUUUAAAUUUGAAUGCAAAUGCAAAGAAAAAGCGAUUAGAAGUCAAGGAUAUUUUUAAUAAUGAUGAAGAUAACGAAGAUAUUAACGGACCAAAACGACGAAAGUUAGUUCCAUUAGAUUAUGAGGACAAUAUAAAUUCAAAAGGGCAAAAAUCAUCAAGUAGUAAUACAAAUUCGGAUGGUGGUGGUGCUGGUCAAGCCGCAACUGCAUCAGCAACAAACAAUAAUUCAUCGUCUAAACGAAAAGAUGGUCGUAACGAUGAGAAUAGCAAUCGAAAGGAAGAAAAUGUACGAAGCCAAGAGGAGAAACGACGACACAUUAAAAGUAUUAUCGAUAAAAUUCCAACCGGCAAAUCGGAUUUGUUCAAUUACAAAUUGGAUUGGAAUGAAAUUGAUAACACGCUGAUGGAAAAAAAAAUUCGACCGUGGAUCAAUAAAAAGAUCAUCGAAUAUAUCGGCGAACCAGAGCCAACGCUAGUCGAUUUCAUUUGCUCAAAAGUGUUAGCCGGCAGCACACCACAGGGUAUACUAGACGAUGUUCAAAUGGUAUUGGACGAAGAAGCUGAAGUAUUUGUGGUAAAAAUGUGGCGACUUCUAAUUUAUGAAGUCGAAGCGAAAAAAGAUGGCUUAGGAAAAUAAAUAAAUAAUUUCCACAUUUCGGUCCGAUGCAAAACAAACACAUAUUUCAUCAAAUAAAUACAAAUAAUUCUUUUCGCAUAAGUUUACUACAUAUUAGAGCUAUGUAAUGUUUCUUUUUGGUAAUUAUUCGUAAUAAAGCUAAAUCUGAAGAAGAAAACGAAGAUUAUAAGAA